GUGAAAAUCUCAACGCGCAAGCAAAUGCGGGGCCUAUCAAAGCCCUAUAAAAAAGUGCGAUUCAUACAAUGACCCCAAUUUAUUAUUUAAAGCGGGCGCAAGAAUUCCUUUUUUCAUUAAUUGCUAAAUUAAUUUAUUGCUUCACUUCAGUGUGAGAUUUGCUGAAUUCCAUUUUAUAUAGUUGACACUCUCAAUAUGGGAUCCCCCUCGCAUCGAAAUACAUGGAAAUGGAUUUACACCGCGCGAUUCCAUAUUGAGUUAGCAUAAAUGAUUAAUAAUCAAUUGAUUAUUUGCUACUUUGCAAUAGCGAAUUUCUUUAUCUCUUACCCAAUAUCUCAUUCUUUAAGCGCUCCCUCAAGCUAUCAGUGUACUAUAAUUCCAAAUUGCGAUGGACGCCCCCUUUAAGCCGAACAGCCCAUGCGCUGCAAAUCGCGAUUCAACCUUGUCAAUAGUUUCACUCAAAAGCCUUAAGCACUCUCUCGAUCCAAUUGAACUCGUGGGAGCUAAGCAAGCACGAUUUUCUCAUGACUCAAAUUCGCCUUCACCCUUUCACAAUAGCUCUCGCUCAAAGCGCUUGCCUAACGCAAGCGGAUCGAGUUCCACCGCUCUAACUAUUUUCCCCAAGGCAGCUGCACUGUCCAACGAAAGCUUGAAUAAUUCCCUCGCACUUCGAUCGGGUGGUGAAUUAAAUGGCAUUGACGAUUAUAUAAGCGCAGUCAAGAGAAUUUCUGAUACGAGUGAAAGGCAGCAAUAUCAAAUUGAGAUAUUGGGAUUAUUGCUGCAUCGCGAUUCGGUAACUCGCGAGCAAAUUGAGCGCUUUUGUCAAUACAUCAAGAGCGAUCCCGGUGGUCAAGAUUUAAUGAAUGAUAGUGCCCUCGCGCCCCUAUGGGAUCUGGCUCACGAGAUCUGCGCUGAUCAGGCUAAGAAAAGAGAUAAGAAAGAGGAGGCUUUGAGUGCCAUUUCAAAAGCGUGGGGGGUUGAGGUGAAGAAUUGGCUCCGCAGCCUCGACUCCUCAAUAUAUUUCUUGACCCAAGUUCGAUCGAUUGCUUUGCAGGAAAAUUUAAUUAAUGGCUCGCAAAAGGUUAAUCAAGCAAUGCUGCAUCGCAUUUGCGCUUCUGCAGCUGGCGUCUCCAACAAAUGGCAACUUCAAGCUACCGAUUUUAAAUGCGGCCUCAAAUUCCCCAUCAAGAAAAUCACCAGUGAAGAGCUUCGCACAUUUAACCUUUGCAUUAAUCAAUUUGGAUUCUUGGUCCCAAAGGCUUGGAAUGAGAGGGCCAUUGAAUCGAGCGCCGACUUAUCAUGCGGGGGGAGCGAGAGUUACGAUAGCUCAAGCGAGCCUGAGGGUGACAGCGCUAUUGCAGCAGCGAAUUUGAUUGGCUCAAGCGAUUUUUCGAGCCCGGCUCAAGAAAUCGAUGGCUCGCGCUACGCGACCGAUCACGUGAUAUCAAAAGUCGGAGCAAUUGAUAAAAUCGCAGAUCGCAACCCCUUAGCGCAAAGCGAAGCGAGCAGCAAGAGUCAAAAUGAAUCCAUAAUCGAAUUGCAAAGUGUCGAGGCUAUUGACGAUGACCCCUCAAGCGAUAACUUGAAUGGGCUAGGCCAAGGCCCUUUUGAAACCGCGAUAAGCAAUGGCGAAAGUGACAGCGCAUUGAGCGAUGCAAGCGAUGCAAGCGAUCAAAGAAGCGCCGCUCCCACUCGCGCUAUUAAUGGGAGCAGCAAUCCAAUUCGCGUGCACCAUAGCUCUAGCGCAGAGCCAUCAACAAAGCGCCCUUGCGAAUAUUGCUCAGUAGAUGUUUCGAGCGCUUGGAUUGCCUCGAUGAAACCUCGAAAAAUCCAUGACCCAGCGAAAGCCCCUCGGCUAUUAAAGCAAUGGAUUCAAUUUAAAUCUGUAUGCUUCAAUCAUUCCAAGUCAAUGGGCGGUCACAUAGGUUUGUGCGUUAAGCCCCUGAAUCAUUCCGCUUUGCAAAAGAGGCUUCGCUAUAUUUCUGAUCACAUCGAGCGUAUUGGAGAGUUGAAAACCAACGAAGAUACCUACCAAUGGUUCCGGGUCCAAGACCGCCCUGCGCGACCAGAGGAUGGCUAUGGCCCGUAUAAUUUUGCACACACGCCACUGCCCUCGGAAUUUGAUUUUAACCAGAGCGAGAUUUUGGAUUGGAUCAACCGUGACUUUAAUGGCGGUUUUGAUAAGCUUCAAUGGGAGCGCGAUGGAUCUGUUAAUGUGAAUUUAUUCAGUUGGUGGUGGGAGCCAGGGUGCGAGAUGGGCGAGUUUGCGUUGGAGCUCUUUGACGUGUAUCAAUUUCACCUGCGCGAGCAAAACGGUAAGGAAAAUUAUGGUUGGCUUCGGAAUAUGUUUUUUUCCACAUGUCAACAAGCAAUGCGAAGCGAUCCAUUAUAUUACGCUCUUUAUGCAGCCUUGCGGCCGGAUGGGGCUACAACGCUCUGCUCUUACCCCUACUAUGCCAAAUACACUCAUAAGGGGGAUCAAACUUAUUUUCGACACAUUGAUAUAAAUGUUCCAGAAUGGAUAAAGAGCAACCGAGGGGGGAAUAUGAUUCAAGGGUCGCUUUCAUUGGACGACGAACAAGAAUCUGAUUGCACAGUCAUACUUGCUGGCAUGCAUCGCAAUCGCAAUCUUGAAACAUGGUGGCGCGAUCUUGAGAGCCGACAAAAAACCAAAAAUGGGCAUGUUCAUAGAAUCAAAAGCAAUAUGGUAACAGCGGAAGAUGAGAAGAAAUUGGGGGUCAAAUGGAAAGCAGUGCCUUGCAAUCGAGGGCAAGUGAGGGUUACGAUGCCCCACCUCCCGCAUGGAGCCAAUGGACCAGCUCGUGGUGUGCGAAGAACUCUACUUCCUUGGUUUGUGAAAGUUCAGCCCGACCUCUCCUCCUUGGAGGUCUUAGAUGGUGGCACGUGGGAGAUGCUCUCCGAAUCCCAUCGCGAUAUGACCUCGCCUUUUAAGACUCCUUCAGGAUUGAGCAAUCGCUAUGGGAAAAUCCCAUAUCAAUUUCCUGCCUCAACCUUGCUCAAUGGAUUGGGCUCAUUAUCAAGUGCUCUCAACUGUCAAGCCCGCUGGAAUGAUUUAGGAGUCUUAAAUGAAAGAUACCGCUUGCUAAAGGGCAAUAGAUCAACUGCAACCCAAUUUGUUUACGAUUGGAGACGGAAUCUGAAUGAGAAAGUAAAGGCUUCCCGCGCAUUAGUUAAGGAGAGAGAAAGGGCAGCAUUUGGUAAAAAUUCAUAUUACUAUCAUUUGGAGCGGUCUCAAACCUUAGGAAUUUCUAUGCCCCACCUUGCUCCAGAUAAACCUAUACAAAAAGGCGACAAAGAGGGGGAUAGUGAUGAUAUUGCAGAGGGGGAGGAUAGUGAUGAUAUUGUGGAGGGGGAGUGGGCUUUCGAUAGUGAUGAGGGUGAAGGCAAUACAUCCAUUGAUUCACUUGAAGAAAGCAAUGAAUCUUCAACGAUUGGCUUCAAUAGCGAUGAUGAAUAAACUAUUGAUAUCUAAGCUUUUUAAAAUUAAUUGAAAUAAUUAAAAAGUUCA